AUUUGUCUGUUAUCACGCAGUUUUCGUCGGGCGGUCGCAGUGUUAACAGCCGACAAAUUUUACCGUUUUCAUUCUUGUCCACGUGCCGUCCUCCGAUCAUCAUCACGCCAUAAAUCUUCGAACAUCUCCGCGAGGACGCCGUGUUUUAAAUUUAUUUUAAAUGUUACGUUAAUUUAAGUUUUUAAAUAUGUAUUAUCGUCACGUGUUGCUCGUCUUGUGCUGGACGAGCUGUGCGUUUGCCUUCUUGGACUCGCUCUUCUUGCAACUGGAUGCUAGUUGCACUCAAUUGGGGAGCGAUGUCUUCGCCUGCAGGAACAGCAAGUGUGUACCACGCGAAAAACGCUGUGACGGACAUGCGGACUGUUUGGAUUCCUCCGAUGAGGAAGAUUGCGAAGUUUUUUUUUGUCGGGAACCACACUACUUCCGGUGUGCCAAUAACAAAUGUGUGUCUGCAACGUUCCGCUGUGAUAAAGAGAAUGACUGUGGAGAUUUCAGUGAUGAAGCUGAUUGUACUGAUUUUAAGUAUACUUUAGCACAUCCUGCAAAUUGCUCAUCGGAAGAAUGGCAAUGUGUGGACCACCUCUGCAUUCCCAAAGAUUUUGUCUGUAACGGUGAGAACGAUUGUCUUGAUGGUACAGAUGAAACCCUCGGAUGUACGCUGAACAUGGAAUGCGAUGGUUUCAAAUGUCACAAUGGUCAUUGCUUACCGCUGGAGUGGCGUUGCGAUGGUCUCGCUGAUUGUCAGGACAAAUCUGAUGAACUUGAUUGCGAUUCUCAUGUACAACCUAAAGAUUGCACACUAGAAAAUCAAAAGUUCCUCUGUUCGGACAACCGUACCUGCAUUGACCUGAAAAACGUCUGUGACGGCAGUUACCAGUGUCCCGACAAAUCCGAUGAAGCCAACUCAUGUUCCACUCGCAAAGGCUGUUCUACAAAACACUGCAGCCACACCUGUGUUGAUUUACCCACGGGUGCAACCUGUACGUGCCCAACAGGAUACCGCCGCAUAAACGACGCCGACUGCCGUGAUAUCAACGAAUGUGAAGAGUAUGGAAUCUGCGACCAGAAAUGCCACAACACUCCAGGGUCCUACGAAUGUCUCUGUGAUCCCAGAUAUCUUCUACAGAGUGAUAAACAUACUUGUAAAGUAGUUGGAGGAGAAGCAUUGAUGAUGUUCAGCACAAAGACUGAGAUUCGCGGAUAUUUUCUGCAAUCUGAACUAUUGUUUCCUGUCGCACAGAACCUGAAACAAGUAGUGGGGGUUAACUUUGAUGGUCACCACGUGUACUGGACGGAUAUCCAUGUGGAGCAUGAAAGUUUAGUCAGAUCUCUAGAAGAUGGCAGUGAAAGGGAAUUAUUGGUCACUGCAGGGUUAGGUGCCCCGGAAGAUUUAGCUGUGGAUUGGAUCACUGGAAAUAUCUACUUUACCGAUUCGGAGAUGCAACAUCUUGGGGUGUGUACCAAUGACGGUUCAGUAUGUACAGUCUUGGUCAAUAAGGAUAUUGAUAAACCUCGUGCUAUUGCUCUGCAUCCAUCUGAUGGUAAGAUGUUUUGGUCUGAUUGGGGAAAGAAACCAGAAAUUGCCAAAAGUAACAUGGACGGGACCGAAGAUUAUUCAUUCGUUUCCAAUGAUAUCCAUUGGCCUAAUGGUCUAGCAAUUGAUUACCCGAAUGAAAGAUUAUAUUGGACUGACGGGAAGUUGAUGACAUUGGAAAGCAUCAGAUUGGAUGGAACUGAUCGAAGGAUGAUACUGGAAGGAAUUGUUAAACAUCCCUACGCAAUCUCUGUCUUUGAAAACAGAUUGUAUUGGUCCGACUGGGCAACCUAUUCAAUCCAAUCCUGUGAUAAGUUUACUGGCAAAAACCACACAACUCUAGUCAAAGAAAAACGCGAGUAUAUUUAUGGUCUGCAUGUAUUCCAUUCUGCUCUGAAACCCCAAAUGGUUAACCCUUGUAAGAAUUCUAUGUGCAGUGAUAUUUGUAUGAUUAGUGGAGCUAACCGCUACUCCUGUGCUUGUCCACUUCACAAAACACUCUCCCCGGAUCAACACACCUGCAAGGAAGUUACCAAACGUCCCUUGGUGGCCGUGGCAGCUAAAGAUGUCCUGGUCCAAAUAGAACAUACUGACCUUGGUAAACAAAGCAUUGUUGCCCUACCCACGGUAGCUAAAGAAAUUGGUGCUUUGGCCUACGAUCCAAGCAACCACAGUCUGUUCAUUUCGGACAUCGGUAAUGUAAAACGUAUUAUCACAGUCAACUUGAACACUGGAUUGUCGCAGCCAUUGUUAAGCGACAACUUGGGUGAAGUCAACGCGAUGAGCUUUGAUUACCUCGGGAAUAAUUUAUAUUGGUCUGAUUUUGACAGAAAAAGUGUGGAAAUCUUGAGUAUUACCACUAUGAGUCGUAAAGUUAUUCUGCACGACUUAGGAGGUGAGAUACCAAUGUCCAUCGCGUUGAUUCCAGAAGAAGGAGCGUUGUUUGUGGCGUUGAUCAAAGAUAAAGUACAUAUUGACAGAAUGAACAUGGAUGGGACAAUGAGGAGUCAUGUAAUUGAAUCUGGUUUGAUGGGACCCAUUGCAUUACAUUACGAUGGCCUCCUGGAUAGGAUCAUUUUUGCUGAUGCUGGCACCGGACACAUUGAAAGUACCAGCGCGCAGGGGGAUGACCGACAUGGUUUUAAAGCACUGCGGACUACUCCUGUGAGUGUUACAAGUUUGAGGGAUGAAAUUUUUUGGACUAAUCAAAGAUCAAAGCGAAUCUAUUGGUCAAAAUCCACUGGAAACUUCAACAAUAACAAGAAGAUUACUCUGGAUCUGCCGGAAGGUAUUGAUGUAAUUCAUCUUGCUGCAAUCACUCCUUUCAAAGUCCCACCACAUGCGUGCCGUGUGAACAAUGCGAAUUGUAGCCACAUUUGCAUCCCGAAAAUGAAAGCAUUUGAAUGUGCCUGUCCGGUGGGUAUGGCUCUUAAUCCAAGAGACAACUCUACUUGUAUCAAGAAGACUGUCUGCACCUCUGAUGAAUUCUAUUGCGGCAGUUCAGACGUUUGUAUUCCCAAAGCUUUCAAGUGCAAUGGAAGAAAAGAUUGCCUACUUGGAGAAGAUGAAGAGCAGUGCAAAAUAGAAAGUCAUUGCCCAAGAGGAUUUUUCCAAUGUAACAACGACGGCAAAUGUAUUAGAGAAGCGUUAGUUUGUGAUCUUCAUUUCGACUGCACUGAUAAAUCCGAUGAGAGGGAUUGUAGAGACGCUCGUGGGGGACCGGAAUGUGAUGGUCAUCGUUGCAGCGAUGGUAAUUGCAUUGAUGAGAGAUUCGUGUGUGAUGGAGAAAUUGACUGUGUUGAUGGUGACGAUGAACAACAAUGUCAAAGCAGUACUUGUGCUGCGAAUCAAUUUCGAUGUGCUUCCGGAGCGUGUAUUCCGAAGAACUGGGAGUGUGAUCAUGAGUACGAUUGCGCGGAUAUGUCGGAUGAACAUGCAGCAUGCAAACCGAAAGCAUGUGCAACCAAUCAAUUCACCUGCGUCAAUGGAAUCUGCAUCGAUAAAUCUUUGAAGUGCAACGAAAUCGAUGAUUGUGGUGAUUAUUCUGAUGAACUCCAUUGUUUGGACGAUUCAGUUCAAGAUGGCUGCCGACCCAAUGAGUUUCAAUGUACCAGCGACACGUCCAUGUGCAUACCUGAGACUGCCAAAUGUAAUGGAACUUCUGAAUGUCCCCAUCACGAAGAUGAAGCUGGAUGUUCCGAUUGUCAUGUGGAUGAGUUUGAAUGCAGCAAUAAGAAAUGCGUGCCACGCAUGUGGAUUUGUGACAAUCACGAUGAUUGUGGUGACAAUUCCGACGAGAGUAUCUGCAACAUGACCAGUAAUGCAAUUUCGCAGAAGUUGAUUCCAUGCGAUGAUGGAUUCCGGUGUAAAUCAGGUGCUUGUAUCGACUUCAGACUAGUAUGCAAUGGUGACGAAGACUGUCACGAUGGUAGCGAUGAGAAUGGCGCAUGUCAAACGUCUUGCAAAUCGCACACAAGCAAUCCUUGUGAUCAGAAAUGUCAACCGACACCGAAUGGACCAAUGUGCGGUUGUAACCCAGGAUUCAUCCUCGCUGGUGAUGGACAGACAUGUAAAGAUGCUCUGGAAUGUAGUCGAGAACCACCAAUUUGCAGUCAACUUUGUAAAGAACAAAUCGGAAGCUACAGCUGCAGUUGUUACGAUGGGUACGUCAUUCGAGCGGACAAAACUUCUUGUAAAAGCACCGGUGAAACAUUAUCAAUGCUCUUUGCUGUCAACAAUGAGAUUCGACAAUUGAAACAAGCAGAAAAUUCGAUUUCCGUAUUGCACCAUGAGGACACUCCAAAGAUAUCCGGUUUGGAUGUCAGUAUUGCUGAUAAUUAUGCUUAUUUCAGCAUUGAAGAAUCCGGAACUAUUCAUAGAUUGAAUCUGGUAAAGGAACCAUCAAAGAAACGUCAGUAUAUCUCUGACCUUGGACGUCCUCAAAAAUUAGCUGUAGAUUGGGUCACCAAGAACAUUUACUUUGUAGAAGCUGAAACUGCUAUGAAGAGUAUUCAAGUCUGCAACUUCGAUCAAGAGCGUUGUGCGAAGAUUAUUGACACUGAUCCACACAGUCAAGUAUCCGCGCUUGCUGUAGACGCAAAUAACAAAUACAUCUUCUAUGCUGUUACAACAUGGUGGAUUUUCAACAACCCGCAGAGUGUCAUCUAUAAAGCCAACAUGGACGGUAAGAAUAUCCACGAAUUGGUAAAAACAACUUCCGGUUAUGUCACUGGGCUCGCUGUGGAUUACAACAGGAAGGUACUCUACUACGCCGAUCAACAUUUGAAUACAAUUUCACGAGUAAACUACGAUGGUGAUGAUAAAACUCUUAUUAUUACGAAUGUAACCAAACCGAAUGGAUUGAGCUUGUUUGAAGAUCAUCUCUAUUUUAUGAGUCCGUAUGGUUACAUGGGUAAAUGUAAUUUAUUUGGAUUGCAAAGAACUUGCUCCAUGUUUAGAUUAAAUGCAUAUGCAAGCGAAUUUCUAUCUCUGGUGCAAAUAUCUAGGCAACCCAAUGCCACCAACGCCUGUGUGGGGCAUUCUUGCAGCCAUAUUUGUGUACCGCAUGAUUUUGGAGCUACCUGCUUGUGUGAGAAUGGUAAAACUGUACAAGAGAAUGAACAAUGUGAGGAAUCGGGACGUUCAGCGUCGUCUGCGUCGGAUAAGAGGCCUAGAUUCCAAGCUCAUCCCAGCGAGGAAGACACAACUUCAUCAGGGGCCGUUAUCUUCGGUAUUCUAAUUCCAAUUUUGAUUGUUAUGAUUGCUUUUGGAAUCUUUUAUGUUAUCAAAAAGAGGCAUACUGGCAAAUUUAAUGUUAGUAUGAGGUUCCAUAAUCCAAUUUAUGGAAUUCAACAAGAGGAAGAGCGGCAAGACCAUGCCGUGCUGUUAAAUCCCGGGGAGCACGAAUACUGCAAUCCUGUCGAAGUGUUCAACAAAACCAACAGCCGGCGUCGCAGCGAAGAUUCGCUCAUGAAACUAAACGAUUAACGUUUGUAAGAAUUUAAUACUUGUGUGCACAUAAUUUGCACAUACACCGAAAGAAAAUGGCGCAUUGUCAAAAAGCCAAAGUUUCGCGGUACUUGUUAUUUAUUGUUGUAUAAUGUUACUGUUAUUUUUCACAGAUAAAUAGUAUUUAACUAAGAUGUGCAUUAAUGGCGUUUAAAUAUAAUUGUAACUGCAAUUAAUGGUUAUUUUAAAAGAAUAAAUUUUUCGAAUUUAA